CAGGUCUCGGGCCCCCAGGCGAAGCGGCGGGCACCGAGUCACCAGGCACGACAGUGGGCUCCGAGUCAACUGGCAUGACCGCUGGCACUGGGUCAGACAUUGGAUCGUCUGGCUGGACAGCGGGCAUCGGGUCACCAGGCAUCAGACAGCGGGCAUCGGGUCACCAGGCAUCGUCAUUUGGCUCGACAGCGAGCACCGCGUCAUCUGGCAAGGCAGUGGGCUCCGAGUCAACAGGCACGACAGUGGGCACCGGGUCAUCAGGUAUGACAGCGGGCACUGGGUCACCAGGCAUCAGGUCAUUUGGCUCGACAGCGGGCACCGAGUCACCAGGCACGACAGUGGGCUCCGAGUCAACUGGCAUGACCGCUGGCACUGGGUCAGACAUUGGAUCGUCUGGCAUCAGGCUGAGUACAGGCAUCAGGCUGAGUACAGGCAUCAGGCUGCGUACAGGCAUCAGGCUGAGUAGAGGCAUCAGGCUGAGUAAAGGCAUCUCAGGCUGAGUAGAGGCUUCAGGCUGA